UCAAUUAACGGUAGGUCAAUUUUACAUCAUUUACAUGCAAAGUCGAUCGUUUCAAAGUUAUGUUGUCAAAAGCUAAUGUAGCUGACCAAAAGCAGGCCGAAAAUUCAAAUAAUAUGUAGUGUUUACUACAUAACUUUGAACAUGUUUCCUGAGCUCCCUAAGUAUAGGCUCAUCCUUGAGUUCAUCUAUUUAACAAGAUCUUGUGGUCGUAUGAAGUGCUUAUUUGGAAUAGGAUGAGCGGUUUAGGAGAGAGGAUAUUUUUGCUUAUGUUUGCGGUCCAUAUCUCUAGAAGUCCGUGAUCUAUGAGGUCCACUCUUCACCAGGGGUGUCCAAAAGAUGUAAAUGCAUUAUUUUUCAUUGUUUCUAAUCUGUUUGCCUUAUUUGCAUCAUUUUGGGUAUUUUAUGAGGUUCACACAAAUACACCAGCAUGCAUUGUGUCGACCAAGUGUACCAGUAAACCCACAACAGCUAACGCCUUUUACCUCGAAAUUUAGACUCAAGUGUUCAAGUUGAGAUCGAAAGUGAGGCUAGAUCAAUGUCUGGAUCAGUAACUCCGAACCAUGUAUUCUCGAACAUCAGCAAUUGCUCUAUACAGAGGGGGAAUGGACGAUUUGAACGCAGAGAGCUUCUAUGUAGAUCGAGCGGGCCUUUUCCACUUGAAGGUGAGCCCUUCUCUCUCUGUUUCGUAAUCGUCACGUCAGCAAUAUAGAUCUGUGGCUUGAAUACUUCGAAUACGUCCAACAGUAACUCAUCUCCACGCUUUAAGGUUGAAACGCGCCAACUAAUCCAAGGCCUAACACUCUUAGUGUAAAGUAUUAUCUUUGCAUUAUUCUGGACAGGAAAAUAUGAUUGGAACCUUGACUUUGGCCAUUCUGGUGGCCCCUCAAAUCGGCCAAAUCCAUUCGCAUGCAGUUCAUGGUAUCCAAUCUCAAGGUCUAUUCGGAGACCCUGACCCUUAUCCCGCCUCUCAAAUGGACAUGGACGAGUCCUCAGGAAUGAUGUUUAAAGAAUGGCCAGAACCGGAAGACAAUACGAUACAAUGCAAUGGUUUGGAAAGCGACAUAACCAUCACGACAAUUUUUCGGCAAUCCGACCAGAAUGGAUGCUAUCAAUUCAAGACCCCUGGCUUUGGUGGGUCUGGAUACCCCAAUGCCGGAGGGGGAUUAUCGAACUAUGACUGCCGUUUCGUGCUUCGGGCAUUACAAUUUCACAUUCAACAUCCUGGCCCAUAAUUGAUUGAAAGGAUAUUGAGGACUGCACGGUACUGAUGUUAUCAACAGGACUGGUCAAGAAAUGUGAAUUGUAACUUGUUUGUUAUGGUUUAUUCUUCCAGUAGAAGUAGAGUGUAUCCAUUUCAAUGCAAGAUCGAACAUAUAUAGUAAAGCAUUCCAAAUCCAGAGCUCAAUUAGUAGCCUCUUGCUACAGAAUGCAUUAUUUUUCCCUUUUUUCACUCUUUUGGCAUUUUUUUGUAUUUUACAUGUGCUUGCAUUUUUAACUAUUUUGGCUCAAAACACAAUGUUUCUCAUAGGUUCAGUACAUUUUUCUGGGGGUCAAACCUUACCCGCUGCCACGGGAGGAAAUGGUUUGUCUGUAGCGUCACCAUCGUUAGACUGUUUUGUCCUUAAAGGCGGUUUGAAAUUCCCGCCCAGCUUUUCCCUAGAAAGCAGCUGUUCUUGGUUUUUGAUUUGGAUCGGGUUCAGGACGACUGAAUUACACGAUAUAAGUAACCGUUUUCUGACUUUAUUUACAGUGCUAAAUGUUUUUAUUAAAGAGCAAGUAGACAGUUCAGCCACCAGUCACCUCCAGUGUUUAUAGUUGUUACCUAUGGAUU